GGCGGGGCGGCCGCGGGCCCGGCGCGCGCGAGCCUCAGUCUGCCCGGGGCCGGCGGGCGCGGCGCUGCCUCCUCCCGGGCGGCGGAGGGGAGGAGGCGGCCUGGGGGCGCGAGCCGAGCGGGUCUGACCUGCGGCCACUAUGGCCACCAGCGCCGUCCCCAGCGACAACCUCCCCACCUACAAGCUGGUGGUGGUGGGGGACGGGGGUGUGGGCAAGAGUGCCCUCACCAUCCAGUUUUUCCAGAAGAUCUUCGUGCCUGACUACGACCCCACCAUCGAAGACUCCUACCUGAAACACACAGAGAUUGACAAUCAGUGGGCCAUCUUGGACGUCCUGGACACGGCGGGCCAGGAGGAGUUCAGCGCCAUGCGGGAGCAGUACAUGCGCACGGGCGACGGCUUCCUCAUCGUCUUCUCCGUCACCGACAAGGCCAGCUUCGAGCACGUGGACCGCUUCCACCAGCUCAUCCUGCGCGUCAAGGACAGGGAGUCCUUCCCCAUGAUCCUCGUGGCCAACAAGGUGGAUCUGAUGCACCUGAGGAAGAUCACGAGGGAGCAAGGGAAGGAGAUGGCGACCAAACACAGUAUUCCCUACAUCGAGACCAGUGCCAAGGACCCGCCUCUGAAUGUGGACAAAGCCUUCCACGACCUGGUCCGGGUCAUCAGGCAACAGAUUCCGGAAAAGAGCCAGAAGAAGAAGAAGAAAGCCAAGUGGCGGGGCGACCGAGCCACCGGCACCCACAAACUGCAGUGCGUGAUUUUGUGACAGGCCCGAGGCCGGGCCGCAGGGACCGGGAACUGGCCGGGCCUCAGGAACCCGCGGCGGCCGGACCGCGCCGAGAACCUGGGGCCGGAAGGGGGAGCAGCGGGGGUGCGCGGGGCCUGGCUCGCCCUCGGGGCCUCCCCACCUCUCACGAGAGACAAGGAGGUGGGGGGUAAACCGAGGCGGCACCCAGGCCCUCCCUGUCUCGGGGGGGGGGGGCGCGGGCGGUCACAUUUCUGAACCGCGGGGCCCCGUGCGGGUCGUGUUCACCCUCACACAAACAAGCCAUGAACCACACACCCCCCUCCCCGCCACCCCCCUUCCCCAGCUUGGGUGUCUUUUAUAGAUUUUUAAAUUAUUUUAGUGAUUAUUAUUUUAUUAAAGGGACCUAGGCCCACUGCCUGGUGAGAUUCCGAGUCUCUAGCAAGUCCACUAUGAUGGCUUGUCUGGAGUGCUGCGGCUCCUUCUGACUCAGUUUCCCCAGCCGUGCCCAGAGCCAGUUCAAUGCAAAAAGUGGGGUGACCAAGAGCCCAGAAGUGAGUGGGACCUACCUGUGUGUGGCAGGACGGGUCGGGGGGAGGGAGGUUGCACACCCCACUCCCCGGUGAGUCGGGAGGGAGAGGCGUUACUCAGUGAGCGUGCUCCAGGUGCGGACGCCACCUUCAAGGCCCAGAUUUGUAUUUCGUUGCAAGGAAGUGCCCUCCUGAGGCGUUCCCAGAGACGGGCAAGGGUGGGCGGGGGUGGGCUUCCCCGUGGGCCGCGCUGGUUCCCCGGCGCGCGGGGGGCUGCGAGGAGUGCCCGUCUCUCCAUGUCCCGCCACCGUAGCCCGGGCCAGGGGUUGGCAGUGUCUUCAACAGCGGGACCCGGUCCCCUCUGCCCCCUCAGGCGCCGGCCCAGGCUCAGAGAGGUGACGGCUCGGGCACGGGCCUCGUGGACCUCAGCGGGGCCCCUCGCCAUGGAGGCCGGGGACAGGGGCUCGCCAUGUGGUACUCCUGGGGGCUGGGAGCUUCCCGUCAGAGUCGGGGUGCAGUGACCCCAGAGUGAGGCGUCAUGGCUGAGGACCUGACUUCCCACUGGCAGCCAGGCUAGGACAUUCCUCGCAGGUGGCCUGGGCACUGUUUGGAGAAGGAACCCCAGGGACGGGAUGGGAGAGUCCAGCCCAGCCUGGCAGGCAUGUGUGUGUGUGUGUCUGUGUGUGUGUGUGUGUGUGUGUGUGUGUCCGUCCCUGAGAGCUAAGAACAUUCCAGGUCAGGCACUUGAGAGCCGCCUGAGAGCCCCUCCUGUUAAUGAGCAUUUUAAACACCAUCAAGAUCAGGCUCAUUUCUGCCCUCAGGCACCCCUGAGGCGCCUGGAGCGCAGCAGACCUGGGAACAAAGGGGAGGAGGGGAAAGGAACGGGGAAGACGGAGCAGGGAAAGGAGAGGAGGAGGGGAAAAGGAAUGGGGAGGAUGGAGCAGGGAAAGGAGAGGAGGAGGGGAAAGGAACGGGGAGGACGGAGCAGGGAAAGGAGAGGAAGAGGGGAAGGGGACGGGGAGGACGGCGCAGGGAAAGGAGAGGAGGAAGGGAAGGGGAUGGGGAGGACGGAGCAGGGAAAGGAGAGGAGGGGAGCUAGGCAGAUGGGAGGAGGGAGACAGGCGGGUGUUGCAGGGAGGACUGGUGGGGAGGACGAGGAAUUGCAAUCAGCCCUGCAGCCUGUGCCGGCCCGCCCAGCACCACAGCCCUGCCCGCCUCGCCCCUGCAGCCCCCGUGGCAGGAAGCAGGAGGGUGUGUUGGCAGUUGACCUCGGGGCCCAGGGGCAGCGUCCUCUCUCCACCCCACAGAGCAGCGCCGCGGGCCACCCAGCCCCUCUCCUGCCGCCCUGCACUCAGCCCGCAUGAAGCCCCUGGGGGUGUCCCGCAGCUUGUCAGUGGCCAGCCCUGGACUCCAGGGCCCGCUGGCCACAGAGGUGAGCUAAGCUGUCCUUCCUAAAGGGUCACCUCCGUGGUACAGAGACCCGUGCCCAGACCCUCACGGGUCAGAGUUGCCUGCACGGGGGCGGGGGGGGGGGGCGGUAAUCCCAAGGCCACGUCUUUGCUGUGCACCCCCAUGGGGUCGGGCCGGGGGACCAGCUGGCCACACUGCUGCAUGACCAAGGGUCCCACUGGGACACGAGACCCUGGCGACUGCCUGGAGCACCCUCGGCACCCCCUGGAGCAUGCGCUUCCUGAACUCCCCCUCCCGCAGCCCCCUGCCACCGUGCGCAGGGGUGCCACGCCACCAUACAGAUCCUGGUGCCCCCCUACCCCCCAAGGCUGACAAACCUGCCAUGGUCUGCCCCACCGCGCCCCGGCCUGGGCCACGCCAAGCUCUUGCCCUGCCCCGUGCCGUGAGUCUUGCUGCAAAUAUCCCAACCUGUGAGUGUCCUGCCUGGGUCGUGUCUCCGUGUGGCCCUUGUGUGGCCCGUGUCACAAUAACACAUGGCAGCUCUAACCAGCGGCCCCUCGGGCAGGCCAGGCCGAACCCGGAGCCAGUGGCUCGCCAGUCGUGCACGGGAGGAGAAACUGCAUGUCGGGGUCCCUGAGGAGGCGCGAGGCCUGGACUCCCGCGCGGCCCCCGCCCCGGGUGGGGCUCCCCGCUCCUCUCACGCCCGUGGACAGCUGGCUGCCCGUGGCCAUGAAGCCGGCAGGCUGGAGCCUUUCCUGUACCUUUUUUCUGAAGUCUUUGUGGAUCUCAGUCAUUAAUAAAGAAAAGAAGACGCUC